GUCGCUGCCGUGAACGGAUGUCUCAUACGCUGACGAGGCCUGAAUAUAAUACGACGAACUUUAUGUUACGUCACGUUUGAUAGUGAGGUUCUAGUGGCAUGGUGGUUCAAUGAUUACGUUAAAAUGGUGCGGCGUAAAGAUAAACGCUUUACGCAUCUGUGCGCGGUGUUCGUGUGGCUGUUAACCUGUUUUAACGGACUGAAUGCUGUGAAGAUAGUGAAAGUUGUGGUACCAGAAAUAAUUCAAUACGGUGUACAAGAUGCCGUUAUAUUAGACUGUGAUUAUACUUACGGUAAUAAUACCUCAGGGUUAGUAGUGAAAUGGUUCUUCAAGAACAAAGCGAGGCCUGUGUAUCAAUGGAUUGCGUCGCAGAAACCUCAGGAUAUGGGAAUAUUGCGAGGUCGAGUCGAUUUGACGUAUCGAGCUUCAAGCGAUCCUUUAAAAAUGCAUAGGGCUCUUCGUAUAGUGAAACCGAAUACGGACAUUUCGGGUGACUAUACUUGUGUCGUGUCGACAUUUAUGGAGGAAGAUUCAAGGACGAAACAAAUGAUUGUUUUCGUACCGGAGACGAACUUCCGCCUGAUCCAGAACAAGACUGACGAUGAUACCGUGAACGUCAUCUGCGCAGCGGAAGGUGCGUUCCCUGCGCCGAAUUUGACACUAGCCACGCCGGAAAGGCGACUAGACGGUGUGUCUCACAGUCUGAAUUUGGUGAAUGGACGGUACUCAGCCGUCGCGUCCGUCACGCUGUUGGAUGCUGAUUUGCCGUCACCAGCGGAGUUCAUUUGCACUUUGCGGAUACCACUCGCAAACUACGCAGUCCGGAAAGAGGCUAUUUACUAUCCAGGACCAAUCAGCACUACCCCGGAGAUGCCGACUGCUGCUGAUAUGCAACUAGCGGCUGCUGUAGGAUCUAAAGGUGCACAUUUGUAUGCAGCAGUAACAAUGAUUCUGAUGCCUGCUUUAGCUCAAUUAAUUUUAUCAUAAAUAAUAAUAACAAAGAUUUCAAAGCAUUACGAACAGCAUCCUUAACGUUUAUAUUUAAGCCAGCAGUCAACAAUUCAUCAUAAGCAUGAACCUGAACCGGAUCUCUCUAGUCAUAAUACCCAAUUUUUCACCAAAAAUUAUAACACACUUUAAGUGUGUUCAAACACUUCCUUUCAAUUGAAGUUUAGCUUCUGUGUCUACAUUAAACGCGCUAUCUGAUAAGUAACUUAGGUAAAAAAAUUGUACAGAUCUAUUACGUGAAUUUUCAUACUUAAAUAUUUUUCUUAAUAAAAAAUGGUAUAAAUGUAAAUAGCGUUCCCUAUUUAUAUUGAAUUGUAAAAACUAUUGUGUAGAUAGAGUAUUAUGAGGGCCUAAGAUUGGACGCUUUUUAAGUAGACAAUUUAAAUUUAUUUUAAACUCAAUUAAAUUAUUUGCAUUAUAAUCGCAGUUGUCAAACCAAUCAGGAU